CAAAUUGCCAAGCGACUAAAGAGAAGGAGAAAGAGCGCUUGCAGCCGGGAAACGGCAUGAGCUUGGUUGUUGGAUGGUAUUAUUGAAGAGAGAAGCAUACAUUGGAACAUAAAGGCCAAGAGCAGAGCCUCUUCUUCCCACGAUUAGUUGGAUUAGUUUCACCUCUGCGUCCCGUACUGCAGAGCAACAACGAUAUUAGCCUAGGAUUCGUAUUAACCAGAUUUCGUACGUCCACGUAGCAAAAUGCCUGAAAGCGGAGCAGUAUAUCAACCCACUACUGUGGGCUAUGCUUACGACACACGAGAUGGUGGCAGAUUUGGAAUAAGGAGUAAUUUCUCAAGGCUCAUGUCUAGGCACAAAUACGAGCUAAAAACUUGUCUUGAGUGGGUGUUAAUUUCAGUUGCUGUAGCAACAUUUAUUAUCGGGCAUGGAAUGUUUCUAGCAAGUUUAUUAUCGCCAGAUCCAAAGCCAAUCGUUCAAGAAAAGGAAUCGGUUGAGGUUGGAAUCCCAUAUCAAUAUAGCACCGUUCCAUCAAAGGACACAACGACAGAAAUUAAAGAACAUUCAAGUUAUGACAUCGAUACACUUACGGCAGUUGGUGCUGCGAUGAUGCUAUUUGGUAUUCUUCUAGGUGGUAUUUGGGCUUGGUUACGUUUCUUCCGACGUGGCAAAUCACCUAGAGGUGGAAUGAUAAGUAACAGUGGUCAGAUGUUGGGCGGUUUGAAUCCAUCGACUGACUUGCUGGUGGGUUCCACUUCGCAGUACGGGCCAGUACUAACCGAGCUGCCCAGUCAAUUGAAAUCGAAGCAAACCAACAAUCUCGAAAUAUCCACUGCAAUUCCACUAUCGGACCAGGAGGAGGAAACACACACCCUAAUGCAAGACUCGCAGCAGACCACGGGGGCGAGUACGAUUACUAAUCAAUUGUCUGGCUGAGUGAGAGCCAUAUGGACGAACAGGCGUCGCGAGGUCAAUUUCUUUUUCCCCUUCUUUUCUUCAUUGACCCGUGUAAGCAGAUAGUCGAAGAUUGGGGAUGGGUUCACGAGGUUGGAAAGUUAGCUUAACUACACAUUUAUUUUAAUGUAAGAUCUAAUGAUAUUUUGCAACAAAUUCUUAUUUAUAUCUAUGUUUAUGGCAAGAUAUAUUUAUUUGAAAUAUUGUGUUUUUAGUACAUACAUGCACAUAUCGUUGCAUAAAAAUUUUUAAUUAUUGACAUUACAACAUAACGGACAGCUUCGGAAGCGCUUUCGUGUAUAUAUUUAUAUUAGGUAUAUCGGAUUUUCAAAUUGAUAUAAAGCCUUUUCAUAUUUAAUUAAUAUAUCUGUAUCGAGUAGAAGAAUGUUGUAAACAUAUCUACCCAUCUAGCGAAAUCUAUUAAUAAAUGAAAGUAAAAGACAAAAUUGAUGAAACUAAAUAAGGAAAAUAA